AAUCAUCUAUAAUUUUAUUAAAAAGAUUGGAAAAGUUAUAUAAUCGACUGUGUUACAAUACUAGAACAAAUAUCCAGGCAUUUUAUAACUCAAAUCGAAGUUGACGGCACUUUCCCCUUAGCAAUCGUGAGAACUACUCCAAAAAGAAAGAAGAAGAUUUGUCAAUUAUUGUUGUUUUGUGUCUAAUGUUGAAUUAAAACGUUGAGGUAAACAGGCAAACGAUAAAAUUAACGUCAACACAUAAUGUCCAUAUUUGCGAGGCGAAUACUUUCAUCCAUAGUUUCAAGAGAAUGGCAAUGUUUGCGACCUGUCAUCUGUAACACACAUCUUCGACAAUGUCAACUGUCGACUCAGUCUCAACCGAAUGUAGAAUCUGAUCUGUCCAAUGUCCCAGAAAGUUCAGAGGUCACUUUGGAUCCACUGACACACCCAGACUUCUUCCAAGUGCACAAACUAUUCACCGUAAAAGAUCUAUACGACGCGAGAGUGCAUUAUGGCCAUAAAGAGACUUCCCUCAACAAACAUAUGGAGACAUUCAUAUUUGGCUCCAGACUGGGACACUUAAUAAUCGAUUUAGAUCAAACCGCUGAGUUGUUGAGAGAAGCGUUGAACUUCACCGCUCAUAUCGUCUUCCGGGGCGGCAUAAUUCUGUUUAUCUCGCGCAAUGCCCAGAUCACGCAUUUAGUGGAUAAAACGGCCAAGGAAUGUAAGGAGUUUUCACAGACAAGAUUUUGGCGACAAGGAUUGUUCCCGAAUUCGAGGAAUCAGUUCAAGGCGACGACGCGGUUGCCGGACCUGUGCAUCUUUCUUGGUACUCUGGACACAGUCAUGACUGAGCACACAGCAGUAAGACACGCGGCUAAGAUGUGCAUACCCAGUGUUGGCAUAGUCGACACAAACUGCAAUCCGAAUCUUAUAACGUAUCCCGUGCCCGGAAACGACGAUUCUCUAUGCGCCAUUCAACUUUAUUGUUCGUUAUUCAAAAAAGUUAUCAUGAGAGCGAAACGAGCGAGAGAACGGAUGAUACAAUAUGUGGAAUCGACAUAAAUCUGAUAAGUAAUUCGUGGUAAAGCAAAUGUAUGUAGAUGUACAUGUAAAAAAAUAUAAAAUAUCAAAAUACGUUC